GUCCAAAUCUAUGGUCCCACUUGCCGGACUUGAUACCUUAGCGCCUGCGUAUCAAGCGUCAUGAGCAGCCAGAGUAUCAAUUUCGACGCGACGUCUUCUCGACUUCUUCUGUUAUAGGGUCGUGAAGAUCGCAGCCGGAUACUAGGAAAACAAAAACGCCAUGAAAGGAGGUAGGAAGAAUCUGAAGAGAGCAGCAACGGUGGAAAACGGAGCUUUCUCUCUCCAACAAGGACAGAGCAUCAUGCAAGUCGUAUCUCUUCGAGGAUCCAAUCUCAUCGAGGUAAUGGAUGCUGGAGGUGUCAAAGCACUAGCACUCUUUCCGGCAAGAUUUCAGAAGAGCAUGUGGAUAAAACGAGGAAGCUUUGUUGUGGUAGAUGAAAGUGGGAAGGACAAGGCCCUUGAAUCGGGGAGCAAGGUGGCAUGUAUGGUUUCACAAGUCCUCUAUUAUGAGCAAGUCCGUGCACUUCAAAAGUCUCCUGAAUGGCCCGAAAUCUUCAAGACGACAGUAGCAGAUGAUCCAAACGGCCACCUGCAAAGACCCCUAUCCCAGCUGGAAGUAGAAUCAAAUUCAAGCGAUGAUGAUGGACUUCCCCCACUUGAAGCCAAUACAAACAGAAUCAGACCCCAUGAGUUGCAAUCUGAUUCGGAGUCAGAUUGAUGUUGGCGGUCGGAAUCAGAUUCAUAAAUGUCAGCUGCUCUUUAACACUGGCUUUGGAAAGAGUGGAAAGGCUGGUUUCUCGGAUACGAGUUUAAUUCUUGCAAACAACUGUAAAAGGUUUCCUAAACACGCAAGGUUUUCAGGCAGGGAAUGAUUCAUCUUGUAUUGAUUUUGAGGAGAUCAGAAGUGCACUUGUUUUUAGUUUGAACUUUAUUCACCUUGUAUUGAUUUUGAGGAGAUUGGAGGGUGCGUUUGUUUUU